AUGUCAUCAACACAAGUCCAAGUCGAGACCAUCAAGUCCGGAGACGGCAAGAACUUCCCCACGAAAGGCGACAAAGUCAAGAUCCAUUACGUAGGUACGCUUGAGUCCAAGGACGGCAAGAAAUUCGACUCUUCCCGCGACCGCGGCCGGCCAUUCGAGUGCAAGAUCGGCGUCGGACAGGUCAUCAAAGCCUGGGACCAGGGCGUCGUCCAAUUGAGUAUCGGCCAAGAAGCCUACUUCAAAUGUCCUCCGGAAAUCGCUUACGGGGAUGAGGGCUGCCAGGACGUGAUCCCACCGAACUCGACACUUUAUUUCAAAGUCGAGUUGCUGGAAAUUAACGGCAAAUCGUCAUGA